UAUAAAUUAAGACAAGCUAGCGCUGAGUGGAUCUAUUGAUAAACCAUAUCUCCGUCUCUGUCUUUGCAACAAAACAAAUAAUUACUUCAAUUAUCCAUCACUUCCCUUUUCCUCUUUUCCCCAAUUCGAUUUCCUUUUUCACCGGUACCAGCAAUUGCUCAGCUGCUGCGCGAUUUGAUUGGUGCGAGCGGAUCGUUUCACGGCCAGAAAAUUUCUGAUGCGACGUGUUGGUUAGUAAAAGAAUAAGUUUGUAGUACAAGUGGUGAUUGAUGGAGUCAUCAUUGAUGACGACCGACGAUGUUGUCGAAGAAAUAAUGAGACUUCACCGGUCGUUGCCGGCGCGGCCAGGGAUCGAUGAAGUCGAAGCUGCAAAAACUCUGAUCCGAAACGUGGAGAGGGAAGAUCAGUUGGGUUUGGAGGCGAUUGCGAAGCAAAACAAGGGGAAAGAUGUGCCGGAGGAGCUGUUCAAGAUUUUGCAGGAGAUCCAGAGGAGCAUGAUCCAUUUUCAGAGCAAGGAGCAUAGCAGAGAGGCUCUGAAACUGUUGGAUCUCGAGAGUGUUCACUUGGUGUUCGACGAUUUGAUCCAGAGAGCAUCGAGGUGCUUACCGGGCUAUUCAGAUUCGCAGUACUCUGAUACUGUGAAAGCCUCCUAUAGCUCGUCGAACAGUUUGAGUCCCACAGUGAACACCUCAGCUACCACCACUUCUUCUUCCUCGUCCAGUUUCUAUAACGAGAAGGAGAUUGCGAAGGCUUCGGAGCCCUUGUUUACCAGGGAUGACAUGUAUGUGAAGAAAGCAAAGAUGGGGGGGUUUCAUAUGGAUGGAUUGGGGAUUGGGAAUCGAGCUGGAGAUUUCUCGGCUGCUCCACAGAUUGUGGAUCCGACUCUUAAGCCGGUGACUGCUUCAGGGCAAGAUGGUGAGAAACUGAGUUUGAUAAAACUGGCGAGUCUCAUUGAAGCGUCUGCGAAGAAAGGGACUCAAAAGCUUGUUCUACGAGGAAAAUUGUCGGAUCAAAUAAAAUGGCUUCCUGAUUCAAUAAGAAAGCUCUCGUGUUUGACCACGUUGGAUUUAUCCGAAAAUAGGAUUGCUGAGUUACCAGAAGCUAUAGGGGGGCUCUCCUCAUUAGAAGUGUUGGAUUUACAUGCAAAUUUGAUUUCUGAAUUGCCAGAAACUAUAGGAGAUUUGCUUAACUUGCUUCAUCUUGAUCUGAGGGGAAACCAGUUGAGGUCACUGCCUCCUACCAUUGAUAGGUUAGUUCGUCUCCAGGAGCUUGAUUUGAGCUCUAAUGGACUCCCAUCGCUCCCAGAAACUAUUGGAUCGCUGGUCAGUCUCAGGAUAUUGAACAUUGAAAUGAACAAUAUUGAGGAGAUUCCUCAUACAAUUAGUCGUUGUGUUUCACUCAAGGAGCUUCAUGCAGACUAUAACAGGCUUAAAGCAGUCCCUGAAGCAGUAGGUCGGAUUGAAUCUCUGGAGAUUCUUACAGUACGCUACAAUAACAUCAGACAAUUGCCUACUACAAUGGCCUCCAUGGUGAACAUAAGAGAACUCGAUGUUAGUUUCAAUGAGCUUGAAUCUGUACCUGAGAGCUUGUGCUUUGCAACAACCCUUCAGAAAAUGAACAUAAGCAACAAUUUUGCAGACUUACAAUAUCUGCCAAGGUCCAUUGGAAACCUUGAAAUGCUAGAGGAGUUGGAUAUGAGCAAUAACCAGAUAAGGGUCCUCCCAGACUCCUUCAGAAUGUUAACGCGACUUCGUGUCUUGAAGGUUGAUGGAAAUCCUCUGACAGUGCCCCCAAGUGAUGUAAUCGUGAAAGGACCUCAGGCUAUUGUUCAAUACAUGGCUGAAUUUGUUGCCAAGAAGGAAGUCAAGUCACAGCCGGUCAAGCAAAAGAAAUCUUGGGCACAAAUAUGCUUCUUUUCGAGAUCCAACAAACGCAAACGCAACGCUGUGGACUAUGCUAAAACCUAAGGUGAACAUCAAACUUGUUGGGUAUUGUCAUUUCAUCUUUUGAUGGCCAAUUUGUUCCUUUUUAGUUUAAUAUAUUUAUAGUGAGAUUUCAGUUUCCUUCAUGUAUUUUUCUGACUUUAUGUUUUAUAUUAUCAUGAUCCAAUUAUUGAACCCCAUACCAUAUCCUGAGUAAGUCUCACAUGCUUCGCUGUCGUAUGCAGAAAUCAAGAUAAUCGAUUGGAGGGAAGUUUCUGGAUUUGCCACAUUCACAAAUCUUACAAGGUUUAUCUUCAGAUAUGGCUCUGAUCCUUCAUUUAUAUAUUCAGGUUCAUAAUUUUCUUUUUGUUUUUUCAAAUUUUUGCCAUCUGUUGUUGUUGUUGUUUAUCUAUCACCUGUAUUUUUCGAGUCAAGAUCCAUAAUGAGCUGCACAAUUUGAGUACAACCGGCUAGGACAAAGGGAAAUGUAUUUACCAAUAUUGAUGUGUGAAAUUGCUGUAAGAUUAAUUGAUUAAGAUGAUUCUGUCAUAGAUCAUUAAA